CCAACGCCUCUUGCCCGCUCUUUCUCGUUCUCCGAGGCUCCGCUUUAAAAUCCCCCUCGCGGUUCGAUGAGCUGUGCCAAAGGGAAGGGGGAAGACGGCUCCAUGACCGCUGGAGGGGGCUCUGCUGGGAGCCAAUGAGAAGGGGGACAGGAGCUGAGGCCAGCCUGCCUCUCCCUUGCAUCAUCCCUGCCUGGGCGGGCGGGGUGCCCGCGGCGCGCUUCAGUAUUAGCCGGCCAACCUGCUUGCCGAGCGCAGAAGGCGCUCGGAGCCUGGAGGGCGCGCAGCGGCUCGAGCUUUACCAUUCACCUUCUCCCUCCACCUCUGAAGGAAUAGCGAGCGGCAGCGGCGUUGCUCUUUCCGAGGCCCUGCACGCGUCUCCUUUCUCUCCAGCCGCUCUUUCUUCGCGCCAGACCGUGGCGCCUGCCUCCCGAGCCUGGCUAGCAUGGAGAAACCGAACGAGAGCCGCAAUGGUUACCUGGAGCCAGCGGUGCUGUCUGACUGCGAGAGCGCGGACGAAGGGGCCCGAGCGCCGCGCCUGAAGCUUUUCCGGCUGCAGGGCUUCGCACACUUCCUAAAGAAAAACUGCAUCGUGAUCCUGACCGUGACCGGGGUGCUGGCCGGUGUGGCCAUGGGCUCCCUGGUAAGGCACAUGCACCUCACCCAGGCUCAGGUCACCUACCUGGCCUUCCCGGGAGAGAUGCUGCUCCGCAUGCUCAAAAUGAUCAUCCUCCCGCUGGUGGUGUGCAGCCUGGUUUCUGGCGCUGCAAGCCUGGACGCCCGGUCCCUGGGUAGGCUAGGAGGCAUCGCCAUCUCUUAUUUCUUGGUCACCACGCUGAUGGCCUCAGCCCUCGCCAUUGCCUUGGCCUUCAUCAUCAAACCCGGGUUUGGCGCUGGGGCGCUCAACAAGAAUGAGCUGGGUUUGGACGAAGCCAUGCCCACCACGAGGGAGACGGUGGACUCUUUCCUGGAUCUAGCAAGAAACUUAUUUCCAUCAAAUCUCAUUGUUGCGGCCUUUCGAUCGUAUUCCACUGACUAUAAAGCAAUAGUAAGAAAUGUUACCGACGAAAAUGGUACCAUUGUGAAGUAUAUCACUGAUUACAAAGCAGUAAUAAAUGCUAGCCUUGGGAAUGCUACCAUUGAAAAGUUCCCUGUUGGCACUGAAACAGAAGGAAUGAACAUCUUGGGGCUGGUCCUCUUUGCCCUGGUUUUGGGAGUAGCCUUGAAAAAGCUUGGCCCUGAAGGUGAAGAACUCAUUCGUUUCUUUAAUUCCUUCAAUGAGGCAACAAUGGUCUUAGUAUCCUGGAUUAUGUGGUAUGUGCCUCUUGGCAUAAUGUUCCUUGUUGGAAGCAAGAUUGUGGAAAUGGACGAUAUUGUCCUACUGGUGACAAGCCUCGGAAAAUAUAUAUUUGCUUCAAUUCUGGGCCAUAUUAUCCACGGAGGGAUUGUUCUACCACUUAUUUAUUUUGCCUUCACACGCAAAAACCCUUUUACAUUUCUGUUAGGACUUAUAACGCCAUUCACAACAGCCUUUGCUACUUGUUCCAGCUCUGCAACUCUUCCAUCAAUGAUCAAAUGCAUAGAGGAUAACAAUGGUGUAGACAAAAGGAUUAGCAGGUUUAUUCUGCCAAUUGGCGCUACUGUGAAUAUGGAUGGAGCUGCUAUUUUCCAGUGCGUAGCCACUGUCUUUAUUGCUCAGCUGAACAACUUUGACCUCAACUUUGGGCAGAUCUUUACUAUCCUUGUGACUGCUACAGCGUCCAGUGUGGGAGCUGCUGGGAUCCCGGCGGGAGGCGUUCUGACCAUCGCUAUUAUCUUGGAGGCCAUUGGACUUCCCACCAACGAUAUCUCUCUCAUAUUGGCUGUGGACUGGAUUGUGGACCGGACCACCACGGUUGUGAACGUAGAAGGGGAUGCCUUUGGAGCAGGCAUCCUUCAUUAUCUGAAUCAAAAAGAAGCCAAGGAGAAAGAGGCAGAACUAAACGAAGUCCACGUAGAAGCCAUUCCAAACAGCAAGGCUGAAGGGGAGACAUCACCUCUGGUAACGCACAAGAAUCAAGCCAACCCCACUCCAUUGUCUAGUACGAAAGAUCUAGAAGCAAAAGAAUCUGUUCUAUGAAGAAGAGGAGGGGAAGGAAAGGGGGACAUUCUGCUGAUACUGAGCGUUGGAGACAACAUCUUUAACUAUGGAGAGGCCCUGCAGCCAUGUGGCAUUGAAAGAUGUGUCCAUUUUCCAUUCCACUGGUCUGGAGCACAGUGGUAUGCCAGCUACAGACUGUGUGUGCAAGAUAGUGUGUGUGUGGUAUGUUUCUCCCCUCCCCACCCCACCCCUCCUUUGAGAACAGGAAACCCUUGUGGUGUGAUUGGGGUCUUUCAUAUUUAUGCAUGUGUACAAAAGUAUGCAGCACACAUGUUCCGAUAUGAAGUUUCAGGAAGUCUUUCUUUUGGUUGACUAACAUUAAAGGCCCAUCCUGCAGGGUAGGUUGUGAAAGUUGGAACAGGCCAGGUUUGGCCACUUGGCUUGCCUGAGUCAUAAAGGAAGAGAAAACUGAGAUUCCUCCAGUUAUAUAUUGUGUUUUGAAAGAUGCCCCCUCCCUGAGGGACCGUUUAUCUUGAUUUCAGACCACAGAUUAUGGGACAUAAGAAGCUGAAGCACCACUGGGUACAAAAAUGGUCACAAUAACCUUUAUGUGGCACCUUCUAAGAUUAUCUUCCUACAAGACACUUAAAUUGCCUUUGAACCUCUCAGCUCUUAAUGUCAGACUUUUGUUUACAUGGGGGAGAUGUAUUUGUCACAUGAAUGAGCAUUCUGGAGGCAGGUUAGGUACUGACAUUCAUAGCAUGCUUCAACCAGUUGAAGCAAAAACUGAUCUAACCUUUCCAAGAAGAUACACUAACUUGCUUAUUGCUGGUGCCGCAGGUUAGUACCCCUUAUCCAUUAAUCCCCAAGCCUUCAAGAAUGCAGACCAAAGAAUCAUCUUUCCUAGAACACCAUGCUGUGGCUGGAAGUGUUUGUUCUUUGCUUUAGCAUGUGCUCCCAAAAAGAAGGACCCCUUGCUUCCUGAAGGUCCAUUAUAGAUGGGAGGAGCAGGUUGCUCCUGACCUGGGAGUACCUUCUAUUCGGAGAAUAAUCGGCAAAUCAGCUGCAGUUUUCAACCAUGAACAGGUUGUUACUGUGGAUCUCUUAAUGUUUGGAGAUGUAUUGGCCAAUACAACUUUCUUUUUAUGUCUAAUAAGGGAAGGCAUAUUGCAGAGUUGGCUAAAACUAAUGCAGGGCAUACGUGCCAUAUCUCACAAAGCCUAUUUUUUUACACAGCAUUUAAAUCAGAAUGUGGCUUCCAAAUCACCAUUGAGCUUUGGUUAAAAGAAAGAAGGAAGAACCUGUACCGGCACUGCUUGGUAGCCAAUGUGUGUUUGUCACCAAACAAGCAGUUCUGGCCACUUACUCUCCUUGCACAAGAAAGAUGAUCCAGAUUAUCUCCUAGAACUGAACAAGCAUCUCUAGUCCACUUCUGUAUCCCUUGAGUCCUUGUGAAGCUCUUUCUCCCCCUUCAUGUAGGGCAGAUCUGCAGGAUGGCAUAGCUUCUCCAACCAAGUUUCUGUCAUAAAUGAUAAAGCCUUUAAAAAAUGCAAGCCAGUAGGUGGAUUUUUUUCUUGGAUAAAGCCUGAAAGAGGAGCCAGAGCUGUGAAUGUGUCCCCCCGACCGGUAGGCAUGAAGUAUUGCCUGCUGGCUCUUUGGAGGGGAGGGCUGAACUCAGCCUUUCUACUGCACCCUGAGCAGCUCCUUAUCAGAAUUUUAACACCAUCCUGUCAGGACGUGGGGUUAUGUUUUGAAUCAGGUCUUGCAUGCAUCCCUUGCCCUGCCAUGCAUUUCUGCCCAUAGGGACAGGAUUCAUCUUGUGUAGGAUAAAUGGGAUAAUCCCAGAUGCAGGUUUGUGAAGAACUUGGCAGAAAGGUAAAAAUUUUGUUUGGAUAGAUAUCUAUUUUAUCUCAAACAACCUUGCUCAUUUUUAUAUCUUCCCAAUACUUAUUGCAACUGCCCUUCUUUGUUAAGUAGAGUGACAUUUAGAGAAAAUCCUUGAAAAGAUUGUAUGUGUACGCGGCCCCAUUCCAGAAGUCUUCCUUUUCAUGUGGGGACAUACGAGAGCAGAGAUGUCCUGUCAUGUGAACAGAAGCCUGCAUGCUCAGUGGGACUUUCUCCUUCCUCAUGAACCACCCCCAUUUGCUCCAAAAACAUCUUCAGCCAUUCACAGUAGAUUUUGAGGAUGCACAGGGAUCAGCCCCCUCCUGGUUCUGAUGAGAAAAACUGAAUUGGAUUUUCCCCAUUUUGCCUUUUACGAUGUUGAACCUUUGCAAAUGUACUCUUGUAGUAUACAGAGAAGUCUGCCCUGCAAAGUGCUUUAGCUGGGUCCUGUAGCAAAAGGCCACAUGCUGAUUUCAAAAGGUGUUGCUGUAGUUUAGCGUCCCAGCUAGUGCGUUGUCUUGUGCUGCUGCCAGCACAAAUUGCCAGAUUCUCUUUUGCAAUAAUGAUACAGUUUGUAAAUAAUUGCAUUGCUUUUUCAUUAGAUAAUCAUUAAGUCAUACAGUUACAUCUGUCCCUUGCAUAAUGUGCUGAGCACACACUGCCAGAAAGGAUGGGGCACAUUGGCAGAGUUGGGGUCUUUUGAGCUGCCUGACUUUGCCACGAGUAUCUUGCCUUAUGAAAAGCAGAUGUAUAGCUAGAGAUUCAGAGGAUUACACUGCAGAGAAAGUCAAUGCACAUUUUCCUUCUUCCUGGCACCAGCUUACUGAUUUGGAGUAUGUGGGUUGGGUUACACUUUAAAAUUACAUAUGUGAGCUUACAGACUUCAUGGAACAAUCAAUCCAGUUGGAGAACAGUGAUUAGCAAAUAGUCUCAAUUGAUUUAGCACAUUUUAAAGCAAGAAGCUAAGCAGUUCAGAAGGUAAACAACUCUCCCAGUGGUUCAAAUUAAUAUCAGUAACUUUUAAGCACAGAAGAAAUAUCUCAAUUUCUCUCAGUAAUUUCCCAAUAGUAGCUUUUGCAAGAACAACUAUACAACUUGCAGUCAGUAAUGGCCAGCUAGACAGAAUAUCCCCAAUCAUAUUUCUAACCAUGUUUUUUUAAAACUUAAAAGCAGCUUUGGGUCCCCCCCCCCCCACCCACAGCCUAUGUUGGAAUAGGCUGAGGAAGAGUUAGUUUAGUGCUUUCCUCCAGUACAAUUCUGUCCAAUUUUAAAUAGUCCUUCCAUCACAGACACACUAUUAACUGCAGAAGGGGUAGGUUUUCUUACCUACAUAAGACAUCUUACCUAGUGUGUCUUAUAGAAUGGAAGAAGAAAGGCCUAUGUGGUUGGUAGCUGCUUCAUCCUAAAUUUCCUAUGAUUCCACUUUACUGGAUGGGCCCGGGUUCUAGUAUUAUGAGAAGGGAAAGCGGGGGAAUCUUCCUGUCCAUUUUUCCCACCGUGGCAAGUUUAUGAACUUUUGUCAUAUUCCCCUUACUUGCCUUUAGGAAAAAAGGGUCCCAAGCAUUGCAUCUUUUCCUCAAAGGGAAGUUGCUACAGCCCCCUGAUCAUCCUGUUGGUGCUGCAGUACCUUUUUCAACAUGCGAUGACCAGAAGUGUACAGAAUAUUCCAAGCGUGGUAAAUGUUGAGGGCUUAGAAAGCAGAAACUGGGCAUGGAAGGACUGAGUAAUGUUGGUUGGUAGAGACAAGUAUGCACAUAGGACAAAGGGUGUAAGGAGUGAAGGAUUUUGGUAGCAAACUUCUUUUGAAGCUCACAUGGUUGCACAUGCUUCCUAAAAAGCUGUCUCCAUGUAGAGCAUGAGUACAUCAAAGAGAAGGCUAGCCACCUAUAAAGAGGCUUCUAGGAAGACGGAUUCUUGUUUGAUUUCUUUUGCGACAGAGAAGUGUUCGAUCGUGUGGUCCGCCCACAGUUCACAGUGCUUCCAUGAGCCCCAGGGCCAUAGCCAUGGGCUGUCCCUGGGCUGCAACUGACUUCAUGUUGAGACGCCCCUGUGUGUUCAGUCGCAUGCCUCCUCCUGAUUCUUUACAGCAGCCUUCUCCGACCUGGCGCCCUCCAGACACAGGGCCUACAGCAUAACCUGAGAGAUGCUGAGCAUUGUAGUCCAACACACCUGGAAGGUGCAAGUCUGCGAAGGCUGCUUUACAGGUGCUGUAAAAGUACAGGGCUGUGGUGAUUGUACAUAAUACUUGCAAAUGGGAAAGGAGGGGGGAAUGUGACUUGUGUUUUCUGCAGAAGUGUUCAGUGGCCAUUGUGUAAGAGCAGCUAGGAUAGAAAAGAACCUGCCUCCCUUGCCCUUCGUUGCCAGCAGUGCCGUUAAUGUCUGGAGAGCGUUGCAAGGUGCUGGGGACUGAAGCUGCCUAACCAGGGCAGUAUUGAGAGCAGGGCCAUUUUUUUGCCAUGUAAGAAACCUUAAUAGCGGUCAUGCUGAGUAUCUCAGGAGACAAAGCUGGGUGGAUACGGCGCUUUAGCCAUCGCUGGCAAGAUAAAAACCUUUGGGUCAGCGCAUAUUUUCUCCUUGUUUUGAAAAGGCCCUUCCCCUGGCCCCCCCCCCCCCAUCCCCAUAGCAGAUUUUUUGCUAAUGGUUUGAGUUCUGUGCCUCUUCAUCCUGGGAAAAAUCAAGAUGGCAAGUAGCGAGCAACUGUAUAGGACAAGUAUUUUUGGCAAGUGGUAACUUCUUAUCUACCAGGCAGCGCCUGGACCAAAUUCAAGGUUAUUGUAUCCUUUUCACCCCAACACUGUACACUGUGUGCCAUGUCCUUUUGUACUGUGCCAACAAGUAAACGCAGCUGCUUUUUGCACAUGGGUGAUACAGAAAGCCUUCAGGUGAAUCUUUAAACUAGUCAAGUUUCCACUAGGCAUAUAGGAAACUGCCUUUGGCCAGAUCAUCCUGUGUUAACCGAUAAUCCAGUAUUGCCUGCUUUGGUUGGCAGCUGUUCUCCAGGUUAUCAGGUCAUGGUGGACGUUCCCAACACCUGCAGAUCGGUACUUUUAAUUUUAUUGAACCCGGUCCUUCUGCAUGCCAAACAAUGUGCCUUACAUGUUUCCUCCCCUCAGUGGUAUAAAUGUGGUUUGGAUUAUGUCAGUAGCCUGGUUUAUUCCUAGCCUUGUUUCAGAAACGAUAGCAAAUCUGCACCACACUCUUACAGUGUUUGCAACAUUCCAGUUCUACUGUGAGUUUUCUGUAUCUCAUGAUACUUCUUGCUGUCCCCAUCUUCUUUCCCUUUGCUGCGUAUCCUGCCUGCCUUUCCCUUCCUGCCUGCCUUCCUAUCACAUGGGUCACUCUUCUCCAAAUUGGGGCCCUCCAGAUGUGUUCAGCGGCAACUCCCAGCAUUCCCCACGUGAGAGAAAUGGCCUCUUGGCACUUCUGGAGAGUAGGGUGAAGGGGAAUAGUUUCCUGUGUGGUGCGCUGCACUAGUCAUGAGCUUACUUUCCUUUUUUUCUUUUAAUGAAGCUCUGUUGGUAAACCCAGUUCAGUCACAGAGAACUGCUUCUGUCUCCCCUUGUUGGUUACUGAGCACAUAAAAGCUGCUGAAUGUCACAUAGCAAAGACUGCAUGCAGUCAUGAAGUCAAGCUAUGGCUUUAUCCUGGUUUGCUCCAUGGACCUAGGAAGAUAAAGGAAGAAACUUUAUCAAUAUAAAUAUCUAUAUAGAUACAGGUCUAUAGAUGACAUAUUUCUAAACCAGUUCCUCACCUCACACACAUUUAAAAUCAGUAAUACUCUGUAAUAUAAUAAGCUUAAAAAAGAUGCAUUGCAAUGCUUAGCAAAUCAUAACCUUGUCAUUUGAAUUUCUGAAGGAUUAUUGAGUUCACAUGGAUUCAAUUAAUUCAUAUGAAUUCAAAGAGAUACUUUAGACAUGCUUGAGCACUUUAGCAUGCCCAAUGAAAUUUUUCACUCUUCUCUUGCCCCCAUAAUUUGGGCAGCAGUUUCCUAUGGCAUAUCUCAUGAACUGCUUUCAAACUCUCUUUAGUCCCCAAAAGGGUGAGCUAUGUGAAUGAUACGGAGGGCUGGUCCUUGAUUCACAGAAACACCAGAAUUCCUUGGAUGGGCAGGACUAGUUGGCUAGUCUUGAAUCCUGGCCAUAACUUGUGCACAGCUUGGAGUACUGUGUAGUCCAGUGGAAGCCGCUUCUGUCUUAUUUGCUGGUCUCUUUUCUAGAGAGCACGUCUCCUGGGAAAGUGGAAUAGCCCUUGCUAGCAAAUGCAGGAGUUAGUAAAAGAUUAAAGUCAAGCUAGAUAGAAGAAUGAGUAUCUGUUGCUCAAAUCAUGCCAUGUUGAUUUUCAAAAUACUUGACCUGAACUUUUUAGGAGGAUUCUAAUCUAAAAAGUUUAGAUUUCAGAGGGUAUUCCAAAAAGAACAAUCUGUUGCCAGAUGUCAUGUUUUUCCCUACUCUAUAGCACAAAGGCUAUUGUUGCAAGGACUUCUCCUUUGUCUGGCAAUAGGCAUCUCUUCAGAUUCUGCUACUCCCUGAUUUUCUUUUGGUCUCGCAGGGACCAUUUUGGGGCUCACCCGGUCUCCAUAACUUAGUACCAGAUAUGCUCCUUUAAGACUUUUCCUUUUGGUGUUUACUUGCUGCUCUCUUUUUGAGAGAGCUCAAAUGUCAGCUUCUGUUAUGAUCUGAGCAGUGUUUCUCUGCCCAUUUAGAAUGCCCAUCCCACUGAACUUGCUGUAGCAUCACUGACUUGCAUCCUUGCAGAGCUAUGCAGUGAUUAUCAUGUUAACAUUACUUCAAAGCAACACCAUUUCAGAGUGACUCAGUUGUUUCUCAUAAGGAGAAGGAUGGCUGUGGCAUCUAUACAUACAUUUAAACCUUCUGCCCACUUUUCCAUCUCAAGAAUCUGCAGUAUUCAACAGUAUCUUUAUAUGCUUUCAUGACAGGUCUAGUCAGGUUUUAAGGGGAAUUGAAAUACCACACCUUAUUAGAGUUCUAUAAGUGCAGUGUCUUUCUGUACUGAAGGCCAUAAGUAUGGAGCCUAUAUAAACUCCAUAUAUAUAAAGGUGGGACCUGAAGAGCUUUGCUGCUAAAUAUGAACCACUGAUCAAUGGGAGUGUGUAUAUUUUGAUCAACGUGAUAAAGAGUAAUGCUUUGAGAACUUGAUGAUUCUGUACAAGAGCUGGGACACCACUGCCUUUACUGUAUUACAUCUUAGGUGCUUCAGCCCACUCACAUCUGACCAGUUCUGCUCUUGGCCACUGUUAGUCUCUCACUGAUAACUAUGCAUGAUAGGAGGGAAGAUCUCCUGAGGCUAACAAUGGAUCUGUAUCCCAGGAGAAUGUGGGCCAAGCUACAUGUCAUUCAUGCAUUUAACAACUCUGUGAUUGGUUGGUUUGUUUUUUAAAUAAACAACAGCCGUAGAAGGGCCCAGUCCAGAUCAUGGUACUGCAGGGAGGGGUGUUUAAUCUUGCAGUUCUAAUCCAGAUCACCUUCCAUUGCCACCACGGCUGCUAGUUGCAUUGAGGAAGGUUCCCACUGGCCUCACCUGAGUGGUUAAAUAUCUGUCCUUGUUGGUAAACCCUUUGCUUAACUGAUAUUUCUCCACCUUGUCCUUAAAUUGACAGUAGCUGGUGUUUGUUUAAUGGAGGCAGGAGCAGAAAACAUUUGUUUCUGUACAGUUUGUGGAGUAAAAUUCUGCACUGAACUCACAUUUAAUGAAUAUUGUUAUAUCAUGCCUCACUAUUCUGUUUUAGUACAUUGCACAGGAAUAAAAAUCUAUAGCUCCCAAAAGGAAUGAUUUUCAGAUGCUGCAUUGUAGACCAAAAACUUAAUCUGGCUGCAUAGAUAACCACUCCAUUUUCUAAAGCUGUCUUUCUGUAUGGAAGAACUGUUCCUAAUAUAUAUUUUGUACUUGUGGCUCCAUAAAGUCUUGGUCACUAUCAAGGACCAAAUGUGUGAAUGUAUCUAAAGAUACUGUAUGUAGAUAAGUGGGUGUGGAACUGAUGUUGUGUACUAUUUGUGUAUUUCGUCUCCAUGUGUAAGGAGACUCCCGAUCACCAGCCUGCUGUUGGCUGGAAAGGACAAUCUAGUGAAUCAUGUCAAGUUAUGGCAGACAAUGAACUCUCUCACUCCCAAACAAUCAUAUUUUCAUUCUUGUUCAUUUUUUCUGAAUCUGAAAUAAAAUUCCUUUAGAAUGAAUGCAA